CUCCCCGUGUUCACUAAUUUAAAGUUGUCCGCGUGUCAUUGACUGCCUGACGGACUGCUCUGCUACGUGACAGACGUAAGGAAAACUCCAAAACCUCCUUUCUCAGAGGGAUGAGUGGGAGGAGGAGGAGAUGAAGAGGAGGGGGGAGGUAGAUGCAUCCUGGAGUCUGGGAUCACUGUGUGUGACUGACGUUCAUGAUUCAUCAUCAGAGCGGUGUGGAUAUAUACGGUGGAGCACACCUGCUCAAUGACAACGACUUCAGACCUCCUGACAACUGACCUCAGCCCGUUACCAAAGUUCAGGUGCCUUGAGCGACUCAUCACACAGCAUGCUGCCUGGGAGAGCGGCUGAUGUCCGGCAGUGCGUCCUCCUGACGAGCCGCUGGCUGCCUGCAGCUCUGGCGCUGCUCCUCCUCCUCUCCUCCAGCCUCAGCUGCGCUCACAGCACCACGGUGGAGCACGACUUCCACAUUGUUCACAAUGUCGACAACAGAAGUCCAGAGAUAGACCCGUUCUGGUACGUGGGUCGUGGGGUGAGACCCAUAGGGCGCUUUGGGAAGAGGCACAGCAGCGUGGAGUCUCUGGGCAGCGAGGGAAUGCAGCCUAUGGUCAGGACGUUGGCGCUGCUGCUCAACAGCAUCAGAAACAAGGAGAAUCUUGGGAACAUGGAUGCAGAGGACAGGGAUUGGUUACCGUGA